AGCCCAAUUCCAUCAUUGUACGGCACGAAAACUGUCUAGUCCCCAGGUUUCUGGCUCACCGUGCCGAAAUCGAGCAUACUUGCGAAGCUAAGGAUAUGUCCAAGCUUUCAAACCCAGACAUUUUCCUCAAGUCUCCUCUAGAACAUCACAAACUCUGGAAAUAUCCAUCCUCCAAGCCUCGAUUGUCAGUCGACUCGGCAUGAUAGACCGGAGAAACAUCAGGAAUAGCGACCUGUCAUCGUAUGUCAAUACGGCAGUGUACGAAGGAGAGGUGAGAAUGAAGGUAUAAGUAUAUCCAGCUUCUGUCCUCCAAGUUCUAAUCCAUCAUCAAUUCGUUCUCUUUUCUGCUUUCCUUUGCUUGCUCUUAUUGUCGUUCCGUCCUCUCAUUCUUUACCACAUUCACUGUUCCCUCUCUUUCACACAUCAACAUGCGUGUUUCCACUGUGGCAUCCGCUGCCCUGAUCGCAGGUUCGACUCAGGUGCAAGCUGCUCCCACUUUCGGCUUGGUCUUCGGUCUUCUCAAGGGCAUCACCACUGCCGUCCACACCGAUAUCAACCUUCUUCUUGGCUCUCUCGGCCUCGGCUUCCAGACAAAUGCCAACAUCCACGGCCAGGCUCUCGGCUAUGGUGGUAUUGGAUGCCCCUUCUCCUACAACAACCAGGCUGGCGUCUCUGUGAGUGCCGGUCUGCACGGUGGUCUCUCUCACAACAUCGGUUGGUCUACCGGUAUUGAGGGCCGUAACUUCAUCAACUGGAAAAACUUCAAGGGCAAUGGUGUCACCCUCAGCGGAUGGCUCGUUCAGGACAAGACUCUCGACAUUGACUGGUGGAACAAGUACGGUUCCGACUGCGAUGAUGAGUGGUCUCUGACUGCCAAGCUCGGCGGUCAAGCCGGUGCCGUGCUCGAGGCUCGCUAUGCCUCCUACAUCACUACCAGCUACAUCGACUCGCUCGCCGCUGCUGGUAUCAACCUUCUCAGAAUCCCUACCCACUACUCUGCUUGGAUCUCCGUUCCCGGCUCGGGUCUUUACCACGGUAAUCAGCAAGCUUACCUCAAGACUAUCUGCGACUAUGCCAUCCAGCGCCACGGUAUGCACAUCGUCAUCGGUCUUGACUCCCUCCCUGGUGGUGUCAACGGCCUUGCCACUGGUGAGCGCAUCGGUGCCACCGCUUGGUUCAACUCUGCCGAGAACCUGUCCUACUCCUUUAAGGCCAUCGAUGCCAUCCUCGGCUUCAUUUCCGCCACCGGUCACGUCAACGCCUUUACCGUCUCUCCCAUCAACGAGCCUUGUGAUGUCACUGCCAACUUCGCCACUACUGGUGGUCUGUCCCUCCAGGCUACCAACUUCAUCAACACCUACGUUCAGGGUGUCUUGAAGAAGAUCGCCAAGCUCGAUGCUCGCAUUCCUUGCAUGCUCCAGGACGGUUUCCUCGGCCACGACUACUGGGCUCCUUUCUUCUCUGCCAACGCCAACCUUGUCAUCGACAGCCACGUCUCUUUCGCUGGUGCCGUCGGCGCCGGAAUCUCUGCUGGAGUUUCCGCAGGAGCCAACGUGGGUGCAGGUGUGAAUGCAGGCGUCAACGCAGGUGUAAAUGCAGGAGUUUCGGCAGGAGCCGGCUUGGGCGCAGGAAUCUCAGGUGGUGUUCACGGAGGUCUCGGUCUUGGUCUUGGAUCUAGCAUCCACAGCGGACUCGGAGCUGGUAUUCACGGUGGUAUCGGUGCCGGAGCAGCUGUUUCCGUCAAGGGCAGCCUUCCCAAGCUUUCCGCCCACCUGAUCGCCCCCAGCGUCUGCAAGCAGGCCUCUCUCCUCAAGGGUACCGGCAAGUUCCCCGUCUUCGUUGGCAGCUACGGUAUCCAGGCCCAGGACGGCAACACCCUCUCUGGCCGCAAGACCGUCUACAACACUCAGAAGUACGCCUACGCCCAACAGCUUUCCGGUGGUUCUUUCUGCCACGCCAAGGCAUACUCCAACAGCGUCUCCGUCUCUGGUGAGGGCUGUGCUUCCGACUACAACUCCUUCCAGGGCUUGAUGUCUGCCGGUGUCGCCACCAAGAAUACCGAGUCUUGCUACUGCUAGAUUGGUGGUCUGUCCAAGAAAAAUGCACAAGUCUAAUCUCUAAUAUCUUGUCUAAUGUCGAAGAAGGAGGAAGAAGAUCUCGAAAGAAAAAAAAACAUCCCCUGAAGAAAGGAGGAACAGAAUAUGGAUAUCCAACCCCAGUCACUAAUUAUUGCCUGGCACUUACGCUCACUAAUCUUAUUUACCACCAACUAAUGUCUAUGUACAUAACAUACAAUCGCUAGAAUUUUUGUUACCUUUAU